AGAGAGGGUGAUAGAGGGAGAGGGAGAGAUAGAGAGAUAGAGAGAGAGAGGGAGAGAGAGAGAGAGCUGUGUUUUGAAUUGAUGGAGAGUGUUUGAGCUGACAGAGUUUCAUCUGUUAUUCUCUGUCCAUCAAUGGCUUAUGUUUUUCGAGUCUCCAAUCACUCUCUUCUCCUCCCUUCUUCCUUCCUUUCGUUGCCUUUCCAACCAUCUCCAAUCUUUCCCAAAUCAUUCCUUCCCUCCAAUCAGCAGAACCCAGUUAGGAGAAUUUCUGCUGUUGCAGAGGCUGCUGCUUUUGCUUCUUCAUCCCUUUUCUUCAAGAACCGAAGUAGAUUGUCUUCUUUUAAGGUACAUGCUGCUGGUUCUGAAAAAGAUGCCGUGCCAAAGUGGUGGGAAAGAAGUGCGGGCCCAAAUAUGAUUGACAUUCAUUCUACGCAAGAAUUUUUAAGCACAUUAAGUCAAGCCGAAGAUAAACUUGUUAUUGUUGAAUUUUAUGGUACUUGGUGUGCCUCUUGUCGGGCAUUGUUCCCAAAGCUUUGCAAGACUGCUGAAGAACACCCUGAGAUCUUAUUCCUGAAAGUGAAUUUCGAUGAGAACAAGCCGAUGUGCAAAAGUUUGAAUGUGAAGGUGCUUCCUUAUUUCCAUUUCUAUCGUGGCGCAGAUGGACGGUUGGAGUCCUUUUCAUGUUCACUUGCCAAGUUUCAGAAAAUAAAAGAUGCUAUAGAAACACAUAACACUGCUCGUUGUAGCAUCGGUCCACCUAUUGGUGUUGGAGAUCUUAACGUUCUUGGAGCCUCUAAUCCCGCUGACAAGACUGCGGAAGCCAGUUCCAGAUAGCCCUAUCUUGUCCCCUUCUUCCGCUCUAGGUCAGGGCUGUUGAAUCAGUUCCUGGUUCACAUCCUACACACUGGUAUUGUAUAUGUUUGAUAUCUUUAUAAUUAAUUUGGCAGAAGAUUGCAGCAUUCUUUUCAUUGUUCCUGUUGUAAUUGCUUCACACAUUUAUGAAGAGAAUACACAUGGCAUGAGAAUUGAGAAUUCACGUUAUUCAGUUAUGUCAUCCAGCCUCAGUUGAGAUGUACAAUGUUUUGAAUGAAAUCACUCAGAUUGGAGAUUUUGGCA